AGUAUAACAGAGGGCUAAAAGUAAAGCAAUCUUUUUUUAAGCGGACCGAACAUUGAGCAAUUUUGAGCGUCCUAAGCGCGCCUUUAAAUCGUUGAAGAAUAGUGUUAUUCACUGAUUGGUCAAAAUAGGAAGGCCAUCAAAUAACACAACGGUCUGAGCCAGCAGUGCCUUUAUAAAGCGACCCACUUAUUGAAAAUAAAACAUUCACCAAUCAAUUUCAUCUUGUUCGUCAACGAAAAAGUACUGUAAAAACUAAAUAUGUCUGGACGUGGCAAAGGAGGCAAAGCGAAGGGAAAGUCCAAGACCCGUUCAAGCCGUGCUGGACUUCAGUUUCCAGUCGGUCGUGUUCACAGAUUUUUGCGAAAGGGUAACUAUGCAUCUCGUGUCGGUGCAGGAGCCCCAGUCUACAUGGCUGCCGUGCUCGAGUACUUGACUGCUGAAAUCUUGGAGUUGGCUGGCAACGCUGCUCGUGACAACAAGAAGAGCAGAAUCAUCCCCCGUCAUCUUCAACUUGCCAUCCGUAACGAUGAAGAGUUAAACCGUCUCCUUGGCAGUGUAACGAUUUCACAAGGAGGUGUAUUACCAAAUAUCCAGGCUGUACUUCUGCCAAAAAAGCCUCAAACCAAGAACAAAUAGGUCGAUAAUUUUCUCAAACAAAAAGGCUCUUUUCAGAGCCACCAAAUUAUGAAAGAGAUUUGAAUGCGUGUCCUAGUUGUCUAUUCUUUUGUCUCGAUAUUCUUUGUUGUGUUGAUAUGAAUAAAUAUUUAGAUAACCUAAUA